UAAUCUGUCCGAAGAUGACACUGCCAGAAUUUCUCAACCCAACGGCGGCCCAGGUGGCCGAACUGAGGCAGCUGUUCAAGGAGAAGCUAGAAAAGGAUGCAGCCAAAGUUCCAGUCGGUGGUUUCCACGAGCACGAUAUGCGGUGGGUUUUCGAAGGCGACGGUUGGCUGACAAAGUUCCUGGAGAACAAUGACCUCAACAUGAAGGACUCGCUGAAGCAGCUGUGGGAAACGAUGGAAUGGAGAAAAUCAUCGGGCAUCAAUGAAAUUCGCGAAGACAACAUACGCAUGGAAUACAUCCACGACGGUUUGAUGUAUCCCCGGGGACGUGACGUUGACGGCAAGACGGUGUUCAUCUUCAAAUCGAAACUGUACGUCCGGGGGACCCGCAACCUGGAUGACCUCAAAAAGUGCUUCCUGUACUGGAUCGAACGAAUCAUUCGUGAAGCGAACGAUGAUCUAGUGACGAUCGUGUUCGAUCUUACUGAUGCCGGCCUAAGCAACGUCGAUAUGGACUACACAAAGUACAUUAUAAACACGUUCAAAAACUACUAUCCCUGCUCUCUGAACUACAUUCUCAUCUACGAUCUUCCAUGGAUUUUAAACGCAACGUUUCAAAUCAUCAAAAAGCUUCUGCCUGCCAAAGCGGUCGACCGGUUACGGAACAUCAGCAAUAAAAAUAUACGCGAGUAUAUCGACGAUGACAACAUGCCACGGAGCUGGGGUGGCAGGGAUGAUUACGUGUUUGAGUUUAUUCCGGAACGGCGAAGAUCGAUGGAGUUACCGCUAAUGCAGAACGGUACGCAGAAUGGAAUCCUCUCGAAGAAGGUUCACUUCGCCAACCUUAGCCCACCAGAAUCGCCAAUGCUUGAAAAGGCAAACAGCAGUUUUCCGGAAAGCAGUGAAGGUGAAAUGUUACGGAUAAAGCCCCAAAACACCAUUACGUUCGCCAAAUCGGGCAACGAGCUAGUCGGCACGGUUGAAAUUACCAAUGUGGAUACGAAGGAUGUGUCGUACAAGGUAAAAACUACCGCACCGGACAAGUUCCGCGUGCGUCCCAGUACUGGAUUUUUGCCCCCAUCGGCAAGUGUUACGAUAAACGUAAUGUUACAGCAUGGUCAACAGAUACAUACAAUCAAUAGGGAAAAGUUUUUGGUUAUGUGCAUUGGGCUGACGGAUGAAAAUGCUACCAGCCCGCAGGAACUGACCGAGCUUUGGAAGAAUAUUUCCGCCAAGGAUGCAUCGGUAGAGCUGCACCGUUUGAAAUGCGCACUGCCCGUAAACUUCGACGAAAGUGGGCUCGAAUCGAUGUUUGGAAGCACCGUUGGCAAGAUGUCUGCCACCGGUUCUGAUCAGUACGGUGCGAUGGGUGGAAUGUACGACCGAAGUGGUGGGAUGAUGAAUAUGAGCGGAGAUAAGCAGAUUAAUAUGCUACAGCAAACCAUUACCAAUCUGAGGGAUACGACGUAUCGACUCGAGAUGCAGGUCAAACGGAACCAUCGCUUUCAGUGGAUCACCUUUGUGUUUUUCAUUUUGCUCGCUGUAGUCAUCGUGUACAUACUGAAGGUAGAGAUAAAAAGCAAUGCGUCCGAGUUUUGCAGCGGUUCAGAAAGACGUCAUUGAAUGGAGCCAUUUAC